AGACUGGGCAGUGACACCAACCAUGGAGAAUGGACAAGAAGCAGCUUCACUGGAUAUUGGAGAAAAAGGUCUGGUGGAGAUCUUGUCUCUUGUGGUUAAGGAGGUGAGGGACUCUGUUGGCAGGGACAUAAAUGGUGCUGAUUUGCUCUACAGUUUAUUAAACACUCCAUGGCUACAGUCUUUACUAAAGGUGUAUGAGUGUUUGCAGAAGCAUCUGAGAAGUCCUGCCUCCCCACAGCUCUCUUAUGCUUCUGGGCUUUCACUUGAGAUUGUGUCAGAUCUGAGAGCUCUGGAACACCCUUCAUAUGAGGCCAGAGAACUCUACAGUCUUUUAACAUCACCCCACAUACAGGCAUUGCUGUCUGCUCAUGAUGUGGUGGGACUAAAGGACUAUGAGCCUGCCCUGCCUCCACUGCCUGAAGAACUGCCUGAUGAUGAAGAGGCCAUAAGGAUCGUCUGCCUGGUUAAAAACAACCAGCCUCUGGGAGCCACUAUAAGGAGACAUGAGAUGACAGGAGAGAUCUACAUUGCUCGAGUUAUUCAUGGAGGACUGGCUGAACGCAGUGACCUCUUGCAUGCAGGAGACAGAGUGGUGGAGGUCAAUGGGUGUCCUGUGUUUGGACUGGAACCAGAGCAGAUUAUUCAAAUACUGAUACAAUCAUCUGGAACUGUUAUGUUUAAGGUGGUUCCUAUUAUUGACAGACCCAUCAACAACAAGACCAUGCUGUUUGUGCGUGCCAUGGUGGACUACAGCCCGAAGCAGGACCCUGGUAUCCCGUGUGUGGAUGCUGGCAUGACCUUUAGGAAGGGGGACAUACUAGAGAUAGUGGACCAGACAGACAGCCUCUGGUGGCAAUCAAAGAAACUACCAUGCAGCUCAGACUGUGCCAGCCUCAUCCCCUCCACAUGCCUGCUCAAGAGAAAGAGAGAUUUCUGGUUGUCACCACAUUAUCAAUCUCACAUCUGCAUCAAAACAUUGGGGGAAGAUGAUAUACUGGCUAUAGAGAUGUCUCUUGUAGAAAAAGAUGAUGAAGCUUUUGAAUCUGAGGAAUUUAAGGAGGAGGAGAGCGAUUUUAGCACCAGCGCUGAGGGCACCUAUAUGGCUGGAUUUCGGAGGAGUCUGAGAGUUAGUCGUCGCCAGAGGACCAGAUGUGGAUGUUCAGGACAAAUAUACCUUCCUCAUUGCUCCAACUCUGACAUCAGCCCUUAUGAGGAGGUGGUUAGGUACAAGCGUCAGCCCCUCGAAACACACCGUCUUAUUGCCCUGCUAGGUCCAUCUGGAGUUGGUGUAAAUGAGUUACGGAGAAAACUGAUUGAGAUCAACCCAAAGACCUAUCAGGGAGCCACACCACACACUACAAGGUCGUGUAAGCUGCAUGAGAAGCCUGGUCGAGAGUAUCACUUCAUUAGCACAGAGGAGUUUAAGAACAUGAUGUACAACCACAGGUUUUUGGAGUAUGGAGAGUACAGAGGUCACCUCUACGGCACCAGUGUAGAAGCAGUAAAGGAAGUGCUGGCUGCUGGGAAGAUCUGUAUUAUAGACAUUGACCCACAUGCCAUUGACUCUGUGCGGACCCAUGAGCUGAGAGCAUACAUCAUCUACAUAAAACCUCCUCCUUUAGACCAAAUGAAACGAACACGGAUGAAUGCUCAAAUUCUUACAAAUUACUGCACCACACGACCAUUUCAAGAAGAAGAUUUUCAUGAGAUUGAGGAGGAAGGGCACGGGAUAGAGCAGCGUUAUGGUCAGUUCUUUGAUCAUGUGAUCGUGAACGAUGGCCUGCAGGCUUCUUGUGUGCAGUUACUAAAGGCAGUAAGAAGAGCUCAGGAAGAACCACAGUGGGUUCCUGCCUCAUGGAUAAGACCAACUGAUCACCUCUGACAAGAGAAAGAAAAGAUGAACAUGGAACUUUUGUUCGGUCAAGUCCUGAUGGGCUAACAUACCUUAUAUAGAUAUUAUUUGAAGCUAUGUAUAUUAACAUGUUUGCAUUUGUGAGAUGUUGUUUUAAAUAAAGUGAAACAGGAUACAAAUUAAA